AUGGUCCAUACGUUCUUGACGCCAGUCCCAAAGCUGGUCAACAAACCCCCCUAUACUCUCGAUGUACCCGGCCAGACGCCCGUCCAGGGAGAGACUCCUGUCCGCCGCAUUCCCGCCGUCAUCAACGGCCUGGAUAACAAGCCCCCAAACAGGCGAUGGGGCGAGAAGGAGACCAUCGGUGAGGAGAUCGAUACCGUCUACAAGCUCGUCAAGUGGGCUUCCCUUGCCUAUGGCGACUCGCAGUGCAUGGGCUCCCGCAAGCUCGUAAACACGCAUGUCGAGACCAAGAAGGUCAAGAAGAUGGUGGAUGGCGAGGAGCGCGAGGUGGACAAGAACUGGACCUACUUCGAGCUCGGCCACUACGAGUUCAUUACCUUCAAGGAGUAUGAGCAGCGCACUCUCGACGUUGGCGCCGGUCUGCGCGCCCUCGGCCUCAACAAGGGCGACCGUGUCCACAUCUUCGCCGCGACAAGCCAGAACUGGCUCGCCAUGUCCCAUGGUGCUGCCUCCCAGUCCAUGCCCAUUGUGACUGCCUACGACACUCUCGGCGCCGAGGGUCUCAAGUACUCCAUGGUCGCUACCAAGGCCAAGGCCAUCUUCCUCGACCCCCAUCUCCUCCCUACCCUCAACGGCGUUCUUGGGCAUGCCAAGGACAUCACACACGUUAUCUGGAACAACCAGAACAAGGCCAAGGAUGCCCACAUUGAGCAGCUCAGGACCGAGCGCGGUGUUACCGUCUUGAACUUCGACGAGCUCGUCCAGCUCGGCAAGCAGAACCCUGUCGCGCCUGUUGCGCCUGCCCCUGAGGAUCUCUGCUGCAUCAUGUACACCUCUGGUUCUACUGGUACCCCCAAGGGUGUGCCCCUCAAGCACAGCAACGUCGUCGCGGCCGUCGCUGGUGUCUGCCCCGUCGUCCAGCCCUUCAUUGGCCCCGGUGACCGCCUCCUGACCUACCUUCCCCUUGCCCACAUUCUCGAGUUCGUUUUCGAGAACGCUUGCCUCUACUGGGGUUCGACCAUGGGUUACGGUAACCCCAAGACCCUCUCCGACACCUCCGUGCGCAACUGCCUCGGCGAUAUCCGCGAGUUCACCCCCAGUGUUUUGGUCGGUGUCCCCGCUGUCUGGGAGACCGUCAAGAAGGGCAUUCUCGCAAAGGUCAACGCCGGAAGCCCUGUGGUGCGCAACCUCUUCUGGGGUGCGCUUGCUCUUAAGGAGAAGCUCAUGGGUCUCGGUCUGCCAGGAAGCGGUCUUUUGGACGCCAUCGUGUUCAAGAAGAUCAAGGAUGCUACCGGUGGUCGCAUGAAGCUCUGCUUGAACGGUGGUGGCCCCGUCGCCAAGGACACCCAGAAGUUCAUCUCCAUGGCCAUUUGCCCCAUGAUCAUCGGCUAUGGUCUUACCGAGACGACCGCUAUGGGUUGCCUCCAGAACCCCAACGAGUGGACUGCCGAGUCCAUCGGCGCCAUGCCGUCUUCGGUCGAGGCCAAGCUUGUCGACUUCCCCGAUGCCGGCUACUUCGCGACCAACAAGCCCAACCCCCAGGGUGAGAUCUGGCUCCGUGGCCCCUCUGUGCUCUCGGAGUACUACGAGAACCCCGAGGAGACCGCCGCCGCCCUGACCUCGGACGGCUGGUUCAAGACCGGCGAUAUCGGCGAGUGGGACAAGAACGGCCAUCUCAAGAUCAUCGACCGCAAGAAGAACCUCGUCAAGACUCUUAACGGCGAGUACAUUGCUCUCGAGAAGCUCGAGUCCAUCUACCGCUCCGCCGCUGUCGUCGCCAACAUCUGCGUCUACGCCGACCAGGGCCGCUCCAAGCCCAUCGCCAUCAUCGUUCCCGCGGAGCCCGCCCUCAAGAAGCUCGCUUCUUCGAUCGGUGUCAAGGGUGACAGCUUGGAGGAGCUCGUACACAACAAGAAGCUCCAGGCUGCUGUUCUCAAGGAGCUCCAGAACGCUGGUCGCGCCGGUGGCCUUUCUGGCAUUGAGAUUAUCGAGGGUGUUGUCGUGUCGGAUGAGGAGUGGACCCCACAGAACGAUCUCGUAACGGCCGCCCAGAAGCUCAACCGCAAGGGUAUCCUCAACAAGUACAGGAAGGAGGUUGACGAGGCUUAUGGCCCCAAGGAGUAA